AUGGCUAAAGUCGGAGCCCUGACUGGAGGAUGGUCUGCCGAAACAAACGAUUUGAACCAGUGGAUUCAGGUUGAUCUUUUAGCUACAUACAGGAUCGUAAGAGUGGCAACACAAGGUCGUGAGGAUUAUUCCCAGUGGGUAACCAGCUUCAAGAUUGCCUGCAGUAUGGAUAGUGUUACCUUUGAUACAGCGAAAGACCCCACUAACACCGACAACGACUAUGUUGAUCUUUUAGCUACGUACAGCAUCGUAGGAGUUGCAACACAGGGUCGUCAGGAUUAUUCCCAGUGGGUAACCAGCUUUAAGAUUGCCUGCAGUAUAGACAGUACUACCUUUGAUACAGUGAAAGACCCCACUAACACUGACACCGACAACAUCUUUCCCGGCAACAGUGACCGAUACACCGUGGUUUACAAUCGCUUUCCCGUGCCAAUAUCGUGUCGAUAUGUUCGCAUUUUACCUUACACCUGGCAUGAACGUAUUGCUCUUCGUAUGGAGCUCUUUGAAGAACUCCUUGGUGAGUUUCAGUGGCCUUAA